AUGACAGGGAUCGACGUGUUUGGUUUGAGGGACUCAAACCAAGGCAUCCCAUUUAAGGCGUCUUGUCCGCACCCAUAUGCCUCAUCGAUCUCUUCUUCGGCCUCCUCCUCCUCUUCCUCGGUCUUCUCACUAGAUGCGGUCUCCACUCAAAGUUCUAUCUCGUCGACGUCGACAAGCUCUGUUGAUGUGAUCUGGGAGAAUGAAAGUGAAUACCAUGCCGGAGGUAGGGGACUAGGUGCCACUGGUGGUGUGCGUGGUUCUCUUAGGGGGACUGCCCCCAAAGCUGCUGAUGCCGCUGUUCCGGCGGAGUUGCGUAAGCACCCCCGACGCACAAGCAGUGGUCUGCAGUCCAGCGGCGUAUCAUGUACGCGCCCUCCGCCAUGCCUUCUACGGCAAUCUGAGCGGAAGGUCAACUUUGUUGACAAUCUUGUCGACACUGCGUCCUUGAUCGUCGAAAUUAUUUGGCCUUUGUCCGCGGUAUCACUUCGAAGUGAUUCGACCACUGGAUCCAAGGGUGUGCUACCCCUGCGCACUUUUAUCCAAGAAACACUUCGUCGUUCACGGACAAGCUACAGCACGUUGCAGGUAGCCCUCUACUACUUGAUUAAGGUCAAGUCGCACGUGCCAAACCCCGAUCUCACGCAGGAUCAAUCAAGGGCGAAGCCGGCUUGCCGGGCCAUGCAGUGUGGCCGACGCAUGUUCUUGGCAGCUCUGAUCCUUGCGUCGAAAUAUCUUCAGGACCGGAACUACUCGGCUCGCGCGUGGAGCAAGAUUUCCGGACUGAACACGACAGAAAUCAAUCAGAACGAGCUUAUGUUCCUCGAAGCUGUUGAUUGGCGGCUUCACAUCCCCGAGGCCACCUUCCAACGCUGGACGGAUAUUGUUCUGAAGUACACUCCGGGCGCGGGCAGCAUGUUCCCACUUGACGGGCAGUCAUGGCGCACUGUCAUUCCAAAGCUUACUCCAGAGCUAGAUGAAAUUGACAAUGAGCCCAUGACUCCCAGCAGCGUGGGAGGAUUCGACGGCGGUUUCGCAUGCGAUUCUCCAUCGCCCCGCAGCACCUGCACAAGAGGAUCAAUCUACCCUCCGUCGUUGAGUGCUGAGCCUAGCAGCCUCCCUACCAUCUCGCAGAUCUCGGGGCUGAACAACAGAUCAGAGACUACUCUUCCAUCCCUCCCUCCAAUCCCUCGGCUCGGUAUGCUACCCACGCCUCAGAUGACUCCCCAGUCGAGCAAUGCUUCCACUCCUGCUGUGAGCGGCAGCUACCGCCCGUCUUACCGGCAACAAAUGUGUGCUGCCAUGUCGCAAAGCAUGUGUACAGCGCGGUCGAUCUACGACCAGCGCCCGUCACUGUCGCUUUGCUCCAGGGCCAGCUCACUGGACAGUUUCCCAACUUUCAUGCGCCGGUCGUCACUUGCUCGCUCGACCUCAUCUGCGUCGUCCCCCGAGUCGAUGAUCUCGGAUGUCUCGACACUUUCCUCCCAGUCCUCCCGCUCCUCUUUGUCUAGUUCCUACGGGUCUACCGCGCCUACUUUGCCUAGUCUGGCGAUGCAGGCAACCCUGCGAUGCACCGGCAAGUCCUUGAAGGAGACACGGAAGCAUAUGCCUAUGGCGUCUCCUAUCGAUGAAAUUUCUUUCAGCGAUGCUUCCAACUCUCCUGAGACAAUUCUGCAACUUAACGACGUUCCGGAUUUCUCCGGCUUUUCUUUAGGCGCACCAGGUGACAUCACACACGAGGCUGCUCAGAGUCUUUGCCAACUUUCCGGAGCACUAUCGGGUUCAAACCGUCAAGGCUCUCAACAUCGGCAAGGCCGCAAGCGAGGCCGAACUGGAUCUGAGGAUCUCCAGCUACAGCGCCAAGUGCGUCAAUUGAUGCGCUCGGAUGCCGUUAAUGAGAAGACAGUGCUUCCGGAAGGCCAUCUUGCGGAAUUGUUGCGCAACUCAGAUCCAGAAAGGCAUUCUUCCGCUUCACUUCCGUCGCUUAGCGCCCUCGGCUUUGGUGCUCCGCUCUCGGGCCCUGCAGGCAUCAAGCGUGCUUGCUGCGGCAGUGAAGCAAGGAAGGUGGCUCUCCCCCCUGCCUUGCGCGCAGACUGCUGA